AUGACGUCCGACAACUAUGACUCGGACGAUGCCAUGAACCGGUCCCCGCCCCCGAAGCCGCAGACCGUCAAGUACCGAGAUGACGACCCCCUCCCGCCGUUCGUGCCCGGCAACGACGUCGCAAGCGCCAAGGGAACGCCGCGUUCCCGUAAGCCGCACUUGCCGGAAUCCCAGACUCAAACGUGUCACGGCGACUCCGUGCUGAUCAGGUAUCUAGCGCCAGAACGUCCGGAUAUCGCGGCCCAUGCCUACUACUUUCCAUUGGCGGACUCGCCCCUGAAGCAGGAACUGCCCGAGAAACGUGGAGGUGGAUGUUCAGCGGAGAAGACCCAGGUGCAUUCGCCGCAGGUGAAGGAGCAGGCGUCGGACCUGAAACGUGAAGGUGGUGCAGAUGGAGAUGGCGAUGCAGCUGAGGGUGAACGUCAUAAGACAAACCCGCCGCCGCCGAGCAAAGAACCUCUGCCCCCGCCGCCACGACCUGUCGGCAUUACACCUACCUCAGUGUCGCCUGGAGGGUAUCGCGUACUGCCUUCGAUCCAAGCUCCAGACCGAAGACCCUCCGAAGACCGCCCCGGCCUCUCCUCUCUCAACGACUCAACUAAACGAUCUCCCGAGAAAAUCAUAUGCCUUCCCUCCCUUCUCUCCUUACAGUCACCUCCAUCAUCAUGCGCGGCAACUUCUCCAGAGUCUGGUAGUGGCAACAGUCGAGUUCUUCCACCUAUCCGAUCCGCCCUCGACGGACUCUCACCUAACGAGUUUCCUCACCCCCGACUUAACGGGUUACCUCCUCUAUGCUCCUACCCCGGGUCUGCAUCAUCACGAAAUGACUCGCCCCACGAUCGGCAAUUACCUCAAUUCCUACCACAACAAAUCCCACCCAGUCCGUUCUCGCACUUGUCUCCCGUCAGCAUCAAGGAUGCUUCCAACAAUCCGUCUCCUGCAUCGACUGCACCGUUCUGGCGAGGACCACCGCCUCCGCCUCCGCCUCUCUCUGAGCCAAUUCAUACGGCGACUCCCUACGACAUGUCACCUAUGACCGCGAAGAGUCCCGCGACGGGCUAUCCCACUCCCACAGAGCAGGUUGGCUCCGGCCUGGGGUCGGGGGAACGAGCCUCGUUUAGCUCCCAACCAUCCGCCAAUGGGGUCCCCGCUACAGGUAGUUACAAGUGCACACAUCCCGGGUGCACGGCGGCGCCCUUCCAAACCCAAUAUCUUCUCAACUCCCAUGCCAACGUGCAUUCUCAAGAUCGACCUCAUUUUUGUCCCGUAGACGGCUGUCCCCGUGGCGUAGGCGGGAAAGGAUUCAAGCGCAAGAAUGAGAUGAUGCGCCAUGGCCUGGUACAUAAUUCGCCCGGCUAUGUCUGUCCUUUCUGCCCCGACCAACAGCAUAAAUACCCUCGACCUGAUAAUCUUCAACGACAUGUCCGAGUCCACCACGUCGAUAAAAACAAAGACGAUCCUAUCCUCCGACAAGUCCUCGCACAGCGGCCCGUUGGCAGCUCACGAGGUCGACGGCGGAGGAUGAAUUCAGCAUAA